GCCCUCCCCGGAUCCUCCCCUCCCGCCCGUCCCCUCCCCGGCCCGGCGGCAGCGGAGCCGGGAGCCGCGGCUGCCCCGGCAGGUGAGCGCUGUGCAGGGCCUGUCCAUGGACGCCAGCAAGAAGGUGGAUCUGAAGAUCAUCAUCAUCGGAGCUCUGGGCGUGGGCAAGACCUCUCUGCUGCACCAGUACGUGCACAAGACGUUCUACGAGGAUUACCGCACCACGCUGGGCGCCAGCAUCCUCACCAAGGUGCUCGCCGUGGACAGCACCCCCCUGAAGCUGCAGAUCUGGGACACGGGGGGACAGGAGCGGUUCCGGUCCAUGGUGUCCACCUUCUACAAAGGCUCCGACGGCUGCGUGCUGGCCUUCGACGUGACGGACAGGGAGUCCUUUGAGGCCCUGGACAACUGGAGGGAUGAUUUCCUGGAGAAGGUCAUUCCCAGGGAACAGGAUUUCCCCAUGGUGGUGCUGGGGAACAAGAUAGACCUCAGUGACCGGCAGGUGCCCAGGGAAACAGCCUCGGCCUGGUGCAAGGAGAAGGACAUCCCGUAUUUCGAGGUCAGUGCCAAGAACAACAUCAACGUGGCCGAGGCGUUCGAGACCCUGGCGAAGCAGGCGCUGAGCACGUACAAAGGGAUUUUUGAGAGUUAUUUAACCGACUCCAUCAAGCUCACUCCCAACGACAAGCCCAAGCAGAGGUGCUGCUGAGCCCACGGUGCCCGGGCUGGAGCCCUGCCCAGAGGGCCUGGCAAUGCCAGGGCACAGCGCGGCCACCGCCGGGCACACCGGGGCCGGCUGCCCGCUCACCCCGGGAUCUGCCGCUCCCCGCGGCUCUGGAGCUGCUCUCCUGAGCCCCCCAAUCACCCCGGUACCACGGUGGCCGUGUCCCCCUCGGAUCUGCCGUGUGCCACCCCCGCAGUGCCGGGGAUGCUCCCGAUGCCUCUGCAGAGACCCCGACCCUGGCACCGCGGGUCACCUUCCCAGGGCACAGCCCCCACGGCUCCCGGGUGGGCACGAGGGGACAACUGGGGCUGGUGGCCUCGGCACAGGGCCCCUCUGGGACCAGCCACUGCCGAGACAACCAUUCCGUGCCUCAGUUUCCCCUCCCGGGACCGGCCACUGCCGAGGCAACCAUUCCAUGCCUCAGUUUCCCCUCCUUUCACACAUUUCCCCCAUCAAACACCUCCCCCCUCCCGCCUUGCUGGGGAGGAUUCUCAAAACAAGCACU